AUUACUCAGUUAUUACUGAACGGUCACACUGCUGCAGUCGCGGAAGGAAAAUAAAAGAAUUUCGCUGGCCAACUGGUCGAUUUAAACGGGGAAAUGCAGAUGCAAACGUACAAACUGGUGGUCGUCGGCGGCGGCGGCGUGGGCAAGUCAGCGAUAACGAUACAGUUCAUCCAGAGCUACUUCGUCACGGACUACGAUCCCACCAUUGAAGACUCGUACACGAAGCAGUGUAACAUCGACGAUGUGCCAGCCAAAUUGGACAGUAAGUUCUCUUACAUUACCCCUAUCCCUACCCUUUAUAACAAUCUAAUUUAUUACUUAGUUUUGGACACGGCUGGCCAGGAGGAGUUCAGUGCCAUGCGGGAGCAGUACAUGCGCUCCGGCGAGGGUUUCCUGCUCGUCUUUGCGCUCAACGAUCAUUCCAGCUUCGAUGAGAUCCCCAAGUUCCAGCGCCAGAUAUUGCGCGUCAAGGAUCGCGACGAGUUCCCCAUGCUGAUGGUGGGCAACAAGUGCGACCUGAAGCACCAGCAGCAGGUGUCCCUGGAGGAGGCGCAGAACACCAGUCGCAACCUGAUGAUUCCCUACAUUGAGUGCAGUGCCAAACUGAGGGUCAACGUCGAUCAGGCCUUCCACGAGCUUGUGAGGAUCGUGCGCAAGUUCCAGAUCGCCGAGCGUCCCUUCAUCGAGCAGGAUUACAAGAAGAAGGGCAAGAGGAAGUGCUGCCUGAUGUAGAAGGAAGCGGAGAGAAUCUCCUGAAUGCCGCAGCGGAAGCAGGAGCACACAUAUAAUGAGUAUAACACCAAAUUUCUUGAAAAACACGCGUCGACUGAGCUUUGAAUUCCGUUGAGAAGACGAUAAACUAGUAACCCGAAACCAGUAACAGCGCAAAAAGUGUCAACGAGCCCAAACGAAGUGCAUUUCUUACCUGCCCAGGUGCAUGGCGCAUUCAACGAACGAAUCGAAUAAGCUUCGCCACUUUCAAAUAGCUACGAAGAAACUUACAACUGACAACUAACAAUGCCACAUGUCACACGCAAACUUAAACACGAAACAUAGGUAGAUAUAUACAACAGAUUCACACGAAUAACUUAUAUAUACAUAUAUAUAUAUAUAUAUUUAUAUAUAUAUAUUUCUACAUAUAUUUUUGUAAUAUUAUUUGUUGAUCAACGACAACAAUUAAGGACGAAUGUUUUCAUAAUUAUUACCAAUCGUGGCGCGCAGGCCAUUUGUUUUUAUAAUGCAAUAACUAUGCCCAGAACGUUUGUUUCGAUUAAGCCAAAACGUAAUAAUGUGUUAUUGUAAUUUGUAUUGUUAUUUACUACUAAUAUAUACGUAUACAUAUAUAAACUGCUUACAAACCGAUUUUGUUGUAACAAAUUGAGUGCCUCGUUCUCGCGCGUAGAAAUCUAAAAACAUCAAACUCUGUAUUACACACCACACACAACAUUUUUGUACUAUAUCCUCAGCUGCCAGGCGCACACAAAACUCACUUAACGAUACUUUUGUACAUGUCCCCAGUCGGAUGCAAUGGUUUAUUGUUCGCCAAAUGUAUUGCAACAGUUGCUUUAGCCGCAAUCUCGUUUAACUCUUAUACACUGCUUAAUUUAACGAAACUUAUUUAAUGGUAUAUAAAUAAAUAUAUAAUUAAAUUUAAUAUUAAACAUAUGCGCAAUUCUAAUAAACACAUGGAGAAUCACAAACGCUUCCACAUA